AUUACCUUCAUGGAAACUAAUAUAUUGUUUAUUCAACUAAAACGAAUUAUACUGUGUGGAUCAUUUCUGAUAAAUUGAUUUACCAAGAAAUAAGAACAUUUUGUAUUUAGCUGAAAUGGCCUCAACUAUUGAGUCGUGACAGUUAAAUUAAAUUUAUAUGAAUUAAGUUUAUUUUUUGAUUGAUUAUUUGCUGUUUGACAGUGUACACACAGCUGUAAAAUGUAUUAUUUUUUUAUAUAUUUUCAUUUGGCAACACAAAACUAUAUUUUUUGUACCUACUUAAAAUACUGAGUUGCUGUCAUUCUUUUCCGCCACGUCACGUAUCGCGCGUAAAAACUUUCUCCGAAUAAACUUUUUUAGUAACUGAUAAGUGUUGUGAAAAGGCCGGAAUAAUGAAGCGAAUUGAUCGAAUUAUAGUUAGUGCUUUGAAGAAUAAUAAUAGUUAUUCUAAUAGGAUGGAAGAGUUCUUGCAGCGUAAGUUAUUUUCAUAACCUAUAAUAUUUAUCUAACAUUAAGUUCAAUUGAACGCUUAAACACUAUUACCUACUUUCAGAUAAUAACGACUUUCCUACUGUUUCUUUGGCUCCUCCAAUGAAUGCACUUGUAAUGGAUCGCCUUGAAAGUAAUAAUUUAAUUUAAUAAUAAUUUCUAUUUACCUACUAACUAAAGCCGCAUUCACAUUUGUCUGACGUGAUGUGUCGUGAAGUUUUUUAACGUAGUAGAGUGGCUACAAAACUCAUUAUGAUUGACGUAAUUUUGAACAGAGUCGUUUGAUUGGUGCAUCCGGCGUCACGACACGUCACGUCAUACAAAUGUGAAUGCGGCUUUACAAUAUCUUGCCUCUAGCUUAAGGUGGUUGUGAUUAUGCUUAUGUACUUACUUUCAGAUGAUAAAGACUUACCUGCUGCUUCUACGGCUCCUGCCAUGAAUGAAUCGGUAAUGGAUCGGCUUGAAAGUAAUAAUUUAAUUUAACAAUAUUUUGUAUUUGCCUACUAACUAACAAUAUCUUGCCAUUAGCUUAUGCUUAUGUAUCUACUUUCAGAUGAUAAGGAUUUUUCUGUUGCUUCUUUUGCUCCUCCAAUGAAUGCACCAGUGAUGGAUCAGCUUGAAAGUAAUAUUUUUUAUUGAUUAUUGAAUUUAUUGAUAUUUUAUACCUACUUGCUGACAGUUUAAUAUCUUUUCAUGUGCUUAGGGUGGCGGUGCUUAUGCAAAUUACUGUUGUUUUCAGAUGAUAUCAGCUCACCAGUGGCUCCGCUAUAUUCACCUCUAACCCCUCUAGUAGCGGCAUUUGGGACGACUAAACGUCAAAGAAGUGAAAAAAAUUCUUCGCCCUUACCUCCAAUGUCUCCAAAAACUUUCGAACUCUUCGAAACUCUAACUAGAACAUUUCCUUCAGAAAAUGCAAAAGAAUUCAUUGAUCUUGACAUGGCAAAAGAAGAAACGUUAACUCUAAUGGAAUUAAGAGAUCUUGACGACGGUAAAAAAAACAUCGCGAAUGACCAAGGGACCGAUUAUAGUUGUGAUACGGACUCCGAUUAUGUUCCGGAUAGCGAGGAAGAUUCAGACAAUGCAAAUCAACGUUUAGUUAAAAAUAAAAUUAUGUUUACUGCUAACGUAUUAGGAUUAAAAAAAAAUAAUAUACCAAAUAGUAAAGACGAUUCUGAAAAUGAAACCUCAAGAUCAUUGUUAGAAGCUUUAAACUUACCAAGCGUAGAAAACCAAGAAGCAGUUUUAAAAACAAAUACUAAUACUGCAAGAAAUUCAUACUUUGAUGAAGAAACUGUUCAGGAUCUCUCUAAUUUAGAAGUAUGUAAUAAAGACUCGGUUAGGCAGGAUUUGGAAACACCAAACACCAGUCAGAAAGGACGGGCAAAAAGAGGUCGUAAAAGAAAAUAUCCUGAUCAUACAUUAGCUCAGCAAAAAGAACGGAAAUACAAAAAUUUACCAUACAAUGCAAAAUCCAAACGAGUUGCAUCGAAAGUAUUUCAAAACUACGCUUGUACCUGUACUAGACAAUGUUUUGCCAAGGUUUCACAAGAACAAAGAAGAACUCAGUUCGAAAAAUACAUAGAAUUGGAUACGUAUGAAGCGAAGCUAUUAUUUAUAGUAAACAACGUUAAAGAAGAACCAAAAUCAAGAUCAUAUACGGUUACAAAUAAUAAAACAGGAAAAAAGAAACCCAGAGAUUACAGAAGAAGAUAUUAUUUAAGCGGUGUAGAAGUUUGUAAAGACAUGUUCUUACAUAAUUUUCAAGUAUCUUCCAAAAAAAUUGAUGUAAGUUUGCGAAAAAAGCGAUCGAAUCAAAGUUUAAAAGACCAAAGAGGUAUACAGCAGGGUGGCUGGAAUAAAACGCCAGAAGAAGAUGUGGAAUUUAUUAAAAAUGUAAUAAACUCCCUACCUAAGUACAAGUCCCAUUAUAGAAGAGAGAACAAUAGUGGCUGUGAGUACUUAAAAGUGGGGAUGACUGUACAAAAAAUUUACGAAUUGUAUGUAGAAGAAAAUAAAAAACUGCACGGCGAAUCUAAGAAACCUGUUUCGUUUGAAACCUUAAAAAGAAUAUUUUAUAAAUAUUUUAAUUUGCGCUGCAAAACGUUAAAAAAAGACACAUGUAACAAAUGUGAUACUUUCACACAAAAAAUAAAAAACUGCACAUCGGCCGAUGAAAAGUUGAAAUUGGAGAAAGAAAAGGAAGAUCAUUUAAAUCGAGCACAAGACCUGCGACAAUCCAUGAAUGAGGAUUUAGCACGAGCCAAAACAGACCAAACUUUUGAAUGCCUAACAUUCGACCUUGAGAAAACUCUCCCGUUGCCGCGCAUCCCUACCAAUAUUGUGUUUUAUAAACGCCAACUAUGGCUGUACAAUAGUGGCAUACAUGCUGGCUCCAAUGACACCGGCCACUGUAACGUAUGGUUGGAAGGUGAAGCUGGUCGGGGAGCACAAGAGGUCGGUUCGUGUCUAGUACGAUACAUAAAACAUAAAAUGGACCCAAAAGUUGAAGAGCUGGCACUAUGGAGUGACUGUUGCGGGGGACAAAAUCGUAAUAUUAAAAUAGUUUUAAUGCUUAAGGCCUUACUAAACUCACAUCCUAGUCUCCAAACCAUCACAUUCAAAUACCUAGAGUCCGGCCACACAUUCUUACCGAACGAUACCGAUUUCUCCAAGAUAGAAUACCAGCUAAAAUUCCAUGAAAGAAUAUAUACUGCCGAAGAUUACAUUAACGUAAUGAAAAGCUGUAGAAAGAAGAACCCUCUUAAAGUUUACAGAAUGCAGAUGAAAGAUUUCGUGUCAACGUCUAAAAUUGAAAAGAAAAUAGUAAACAGAAAAACAUUUAUUUCGAAAGAAAAAGUGAAUUGGCUAAAGACAAAAGAAAUUUGUAUUAAAAAGAAUUUCAAACAUUCCAUUUUUAUGAAAAUAGAUGGAGUAGUUAAAGAGUUAAACAUUGAAAAAAAAGUUAGAGGAAAAGUUUUAGAUAUUUCUGAGGAUGAUUUUAAUUAUCUUUGGCCUGAUGGCAAAGAAAUUGCACAGGCAAAAUUGGACGAUUUAACAUCAAUGUUCCAUCUUAUCCCUAAAGACUGUCUGGACUUUUACAAGUCCUUAAAAGGAAAAGAAUCUGAGGAAGAUGUGGAUGGGUACGGAGCGGAACCAGAUUUUGAGGUGGAGCUGGAGCUGGGUGAUGAUGAGGAAAAAUAGAAAUUAUAUUUUUA